GUGACAUUAACAUACACGAUGCCGUCUCUACUAGAUGCUCUCCGGCAACACAGUGUUAUUGAUUGCGAUACACUAGACAGCGAAGUGGCCAAGAGUUUGGGGCCUUUUGUCGACUGCACUUCGAACCAGGCCAUUGCAUACUUCGAACUCACCAAGGUUUCCAAUGGGGACCCAUCCCUACACCAUGAAGUAUUGAUCCGAGAGAGUGCGAGAGACGCCGAUAGACUACAUGAGAUUCGAGGUCAAACGUCUUUACCCGAAUUCAUGGUCGAGAUUAUGAUGGUCAAGCUGCAGUUGUUGAUUGCUCCCUACAUCACAGGAUACGUGCAUGUUCAAACGAACCCCAAAUUGUCAUACUCACAGGCGGGAACGGUGGUCAACGCUCAAAGGAUUGUUGCCAUAUUCAAAGCAUUGGCGCCUGAUUUUGAUACCAAGCGUAUCUGUAUCAAAAUACCUGCGACUUGGGACGGUCUCUGUGCAUGUCGCACCUUGGAAGCCAACGGCGUAACUACGCUGGCGACAACUAUGUUUUGCAUGGAGCAAGCAGUUCUGGCCUCGGAUGCAAAUUGCACUUAUAUCGCGCCUUAUAUCAACGAACUGAAAGUGCAUUUUGAAACAGGGUACAUCGACCACAAUAAAGCUUUCGCAUUCUGCCGUGAAGCUCAGGCUUACUACAAUGCAUACAAUCAUCGCACCCGCGUUCUUGCUGCGUCUCUCACCUCUGUCGAUGAAGUGUUACAACUAGCAGGGGUGAAUCACAUCACAAUUUCCCCGAUACUUCUGCAUGCGCUAUCGCGUCUGGACGUUUCUAAAACGACAAAGAGACCGGGCCAGUAUUUUGCAGAUGAACCAGCCGCGAAGAGCUUGAAUGCCCUGAAAUAUGCCUCCAUUCUGCGAGAUGAGAGCGCUUGGAAACUUGCAUUCACAAGGAGCGGUUUUGGAACAAACGAAGGAAAGAUCAUCCAAGCCAUCAAUUACUUUUCCGACUUUCAAGAGAAACUGGAAGAGCUUGCUGGACGUUACGCAUCAUGAAGAGCACGUGGGCCACUUGCUUGCUAUUGCAUCGUUGAAAGAGCAAAUGUAUAUCUAUUUAGGGAAUCUCAUUAAAGGAAACCGACUUUAUUCUGCUGUUUAAAGGCUAACGUGCCGAAUGCGGUAGCAAAAGCACCGAUAGAGCCCUAGAAUAUCUGUGCGCGAGCACAGGACAAGUGAUGAUACAAAGAGGUUGCGAUGCGCUCACGUUUCUCGUCAUUGUUGAACUAACAAAGAAUUACACUCAGAGCGCAACUUGGGUGAGAUGGGACUCUCAAUUGAAGGCAUCAGAGUCUCAUCGAAGCGAGCUAUGGGAUAAUUUUACUUUCAUGAAGACUC